AUGUUCACUCUGUUAACGAUAUUUUCGGGAGUAGUCUUCCUCACUCUGAAUUCUGUUAUGUGUUUGAAUAAUGGAUUGGCUAGAACACCACCAAUGGGGUGGAAUUCAUGGCUGGCAGUUGGCUGUCAGGUGGAUUGCGUGAACUAUCCAAACAACUGUCUUAAUGAAAAUGCAAUCAAGCGAGCAGCUGAUAAAUUGGUAUCCGAUGGUUGGCGAGAUCUGGGUUACAAAUAUGUGAUAAUAGAUGAUUGUUGGAUAUCAAGACUGCGUGAUACGAAGACGGUUGCACUAUUGCCAGAUUCUUCGAGAUUUCCGAGCGGUAUGAAAAACCUUGCACAAUAUUUGCAUUCGAAAAAUCUACUGUUCGGAAUAACUAUUAGUUAUGGAACUGGAACAUGUGCAGGUUAUCCAGGUAGUUUUGACUUUCUCGAAUUGGACGCAAAGACUCUGGCUGAAUGGGAAGUGGAUUACGUGAAGAUGGACUCGUGUAACAGUCCUGAUCACAUGAUGCCUGAUGGUUUCGAAAAGUUCUCACGACUACUCAAUGGAACUGGUAGACCAAUGAUAUUUUUGUGUACAUAUCCUUUAUAUGGUUCAUGGUAUGCAAAUCCUAAAUCGAUUGACUGGAAGAGACUACAGAACAACUGCAAUCUCAUUCGUUCUCUGCCCAACUCCUUUAGUUCUUGGGCAUCUGUAAUGGGUAUUAUAGAUGGAUACAAAGUUCGCAACGAUGUUUUACCGAAAUUGGCUGGUCCAGGACAAUGGAACGAUCCCGACAUGUUGGUCUUAGGAAACAACAGACUUUCCAAUGAUCAAAAGCGAGUUCAUAUGGGUAUGUGGUGUAUGUUCGCUGCUCCAUUAAUCAUCUCAACCGACAUGGACAAGGUGGAUCAAUUCAGUGCAUCUCUGUUACGCAAUAAACAUUUGUUGGCGAUAGAUCAGGAUGAAGGUGGACAUCAGGCGGAAUUCAUCAAAUCACGAAAUGAUGUACAGGUGAGUUGA